ACCGGCGAUAGUUACGUCGCUGUGACUCGAUAUGUCUUUUAUCUUCUACCAGUCCUUGAGUUUAAUUGAUCAAAGUCGGCUAGUCAUGUCUGAACAAAAAUGGCCGCCUACUAAGAGCGAUAAUGCGGUUGUCGUGAGCUAUUAAUGAUAUGUCAAAAUGUCACUUUUAAGACUAUGUGCCUUUCCAAAAUAUCUGACGAGUAGGUUAAUGAUUGAAAUAAAUGUUGGGCACGCACUAAACGUCGACCGUUGCCACAUCUGUCUCCGAAUCCACAAUAACUGCAAAAGGAGAACACAAGAGAACCCAUGGACAAGACAUCGAAGACACUAUUCAGCUAUCUCAAGGAAAGAAGAUGGAGACAAAAGAGUGUUGGAACAAUAUCAGCUGGUGGACGUUCUCGAGGCCCGCAUGCACCAGUUACAGUCUGAUGCUGUAUUAGAUCAGAAAUGUUCAAAGGUGGAUUUUAUCAGUGUGCUUCAGGGUGAAAAAGAAAUCUCUCAUGAUCAAAGUCAAAAGGCAGCGUCAACAACGAAACCCGAAAACCUGAAAGAUUGUCAGGCCAGCAAAAAAGGAAUCGCUGUAGACAAUCUGUCCCCCAUAACACACACCAGCCGCUGGUUUGAGAAACUCGCGCGAGAGAAGUGUAACAAAGCCAAGAAGCAGCACGCUCUUCGGCAGAAGCUCAGUGACAAAGCAGACACUGCCAAGCAUGGCAAAGGGAGCCUGAUGCUUCCUGGAACCUCCAUAAAGAAAAUCUCACCUGGAAAAAAGAGCCAUCCAGAACCCAAACACUCUCCGACGCCGUGCUCCAAACCCUGUGUGGCCAACCCUGCUGCAGAAGAAUUCUCUCGAGAGGCAGAGCUGGCCGACGUGGAAGAGCUCGACAAGUGCGGGAGCCGGUGGAACCCCGCUAGCACGGCAAGGCUCCUGGAGGACAGGUACGGCAACCAGUACAGCGACUCCCAGCUGAGGGUGCGCUCCUACCUGGAGGCGUGCAUGUUCCUGGGGGACACGGAGAGCGCCUGCCAGUGCCUACUCCAUCAUCACCAGCACAUAGCCAAGCGCACCGCACUCUGCAUCGGUGCCUACAACGUCCUGCUGAGGAUGUGGGCCAAGAAGGGAUUGCUGAGUUGGAUAAGACGCACGUUCGUCCUGCUGGAGGAGGCGAGACUCAAGCCCAAUGUGGCGACGUACUGCGCCGCCCUGGAAUGUAUGGGACGCAAGUCAGAAUGUUCCCCGAGGGUCAUUUCCAGGUGCCUGCAGCAGAUGAAGCAGGACGGCCUGAGCGUGGACGACGUCUUCCGGCAGUACGUCUUCCGGCAGGACGAGAGGGCCGCGGUGCUGAGGGCCGUCCAUGUUGUGCAGCCUAACUACAAGCCCCGCCUGGCGCCCGAAGGGCCCCCCUGUUCCCUGCCGCUGCUCAAGAGCUUCUACUCCGAGAGGGAAGGAAGCAGGUAUCCUAAAAUGGACUUCAGCCUGGAGGAACUCCGGGAGCGUUUCAGCCGCCAGCUGGCCAUCGAGCAGUCAAACACGAUCACCAUCGCAUCCGUGGAGGCCACGAAACCCAUCACUGAAAACAUGGCCAGGAUGAGGAAGCUCCUAGAGGAGCAGCGUGGGCACUGGCGCGGGGUCCUGCUGCAGGCCCUGCGGAACAGCAAGCCGCUGCUACACAGCAGCUGCCUGACGAGCUGGAGGGUGAACAUCUACCCCUUCCUGUGGCUCCUGCACGAUGAGGACUACGUGGACGUCAUGCUGCAGGGCCUGGCUGCCCUGCCGCCCAGCGGAGAGUCGCUGCUCAUCAUGGCCAGGGAGAUGGGAACCCGAGUCUACAACAUUUAUGGCAUCCGGCAGAAAAAACGCAGCCAGUUGGUGAAUAAACUGAGCAGAAUCUACAGGUCAUACGCAGAGCUGCUUGCUAAAGACACAAAGGGCAGCAGCACCUUGCCCCGGGAGCACUGGAGCAGCCUGGAGGCGGAGACACACGCUGGCCCUUCCCUUCUGAGCGAUGACGCACCCUGGCCCCUCACACUGAUCAUAGAGCUGGGCAGCUUCCUGGUGGACCUGAUGUUGCGUGAGCUCAAAGUCUGCAAAGACAUCCUCAGCCCGAGCCCGGAGGGGACGCUCAUCCCCGUGCUCUAUCACAUGUAUGUGUUCCGUAGCAAUCGCCAGGUCGGCUUUAUAAAGCCUCACCCCAUCCUGACGCACAUUCAGUCGGAAGCCAUGGAGGCCAAGCUGACCUUUGACUCCUAUGUGAUGCCCAUGCUGUGCCCGCCUGUGCCCUGGACGUCGACGAAGAGCGGCGCCUACCUGCUGACGCCCACAAAGCUGAUGCGCACGGAGGAGGGCACCGUCCAGCACCAGCUUCUGCUGGAGAAGGUCCGUGACGAGGACCUGCACGGUGUGCUGGAUGCACUCAGCCAGCUGGGCAACUGCGCCUGGAAGGUCAACAAACCCGUGCUGGACAUCAUCAUCAGUGUCUUCAACAACAAGGGCAGCGAGAAGUUGGAUGUGCCACCGCCGGUGUCUGAGGCGCCCGAGAUCCCGUGCUUCAACCCGCACGACCAGGGCCUAACGAUGUCCGAGAAGGCCCAGCUGAGGCGCGAUGUGGCCAAGGCCAAGAAGACGAUCGCCGAGAUGCACAGCCUGCGCAUGGACGCACUCUACAAGCUCUCCAUCGCCAACCACAUGAGGGACGAGAUCUUCUGGUUCCCGCACAACAUGGACUUCCGCGGGCGCACCUACCCCUGCCCGCCGUACUUCAACCACCUGGGCAGCGACUUGACCAGGGCCAUCCUGAUGUUUGCCGAGGGCAAGCCGCUGGGCCUCAAAGGCCUUGACUGGCUGAAGAUCCACCUGGUGAACCUCACGGGCCUGAAGAAGCGCAGCUCGCUGGCUGGGAGGCUGGAGUAUGCCAACAGCCACAUGGACGAUAUCCUGGACUCGGCGGACGAGCCCUUCGCUGGCAGGAAGUGGUGGAUGGACGCUGAUGAGCCCUGGCAGACUCUGGCCUGCUGUAAGGAAAUAGCAAACGCCUCCAGAUCUCCAGAUCACACCAAGUUCAUCUCCCAUUUCCCUGUACAUCAGGAUGGUUCCUGCAAUGGUCUCCAGCACUAUGCAGCUCUGGGUCGUGACGUAAUCGGUGCCACGUCAGUGAACCUGAUGCCCUGCGAAGUGCCCCAGGAUGUCUACAGUAGUGUGGCACAGCAGGUGGAGGCGUUCCGCACACGGGACGCGGCCAAGGGCAUGAAGAUCGCGCAGGUACUGGAGGGAUUCAUCAACAGGAAGGUGGUGAAGCAGACGGUCAUGACGGUGGUGUACGGCGUCACGCGCUACGGGGGCCGGCUGCAGAUCGAAAAGCGCCUCAAAGAGAUGGACGAUUUCCCCAAGGAGCACAUAUGGGACGCCUCUCAGUACUUGGUCCAACAGGUCUUCUGCAGCCUGAAGGAAAUGUUUACUGGCACCAGAGAGAUCCAGGACUGGCUGACGGAGAGCGCGAGGCUAAUCUCCAAGUCCGGCAACACGGUGGAGUGGGUGACGCCGUUGGGACUGCCCAUUGUCCAGCCAUAUCACCGCACCAAGAAUCAUAUGCUGAAGAGCAACACCCAGCUUCUGAAUGUCCAGACAAGCCACGAUUCCCAGGAGAAGCCAGACACUGUGAAGCAAAAGAACGCGUUUCCUCCCAACUUUAUCCAUUCCCUAGACUCCACUCACAUGAUGCUGACAGCCCUGCACUGCUACAGUACCGGCCUCACCUUCGUGUCUGUCCACGACUGUUUCUGGACCCAUGCCGUCGACGUCGACGUCAUGAACAAGGUUUGUCGUGAUCAGUUUGUGUCCAUGCACAAUCAGCCCAUCCUGCAGGACCUCUCCAGGUUCCUGCUGAAGAAGUACUGCUCAGGACUGCCGCAAGACACCAAAAACAAGAAGUUUCUGGAAUACUGGAAGAUGGCGGAACUGCUGGGGAAGGUCCCGCAGACAGGUGAUUUUGAUCUGCAGAAAGUGAAGGAGUCCAUUUAUUUCUUCAGCUGAAGAAGGUAACACACCUCCACAGACAGGCAGUGUGUGGCAGGGCUUUCCCGCCCUGGGCCCCCUCCACGGUGGGCACAGGGACCGCCCUGGGCACACCACAUUGCGGACCGAAGCAACGCUUCAAACCUCAUCAGUUGCUGCUACUGCUGCUGUCACAGCCUCUACAGAUGUGUGUGUGUGUGUGUGUGUAUGUGUGUCUCUGUCUCGGGGAGAGGGCAGUUCUCUUCACUGGCCUCAGCAGGACUUCCUCACUCCUGAGGACGAAUGCCAGGCUGAUUAAGCACCCAGGUGAGGCUCUCAGUGUUCCAUGCCCACCUCACCUCGGGACAGCUGCUCGCCCACUUUGACUCCGAUGUACAGGUUCAGGAUGUCAGUCUCUUCCUUUCUGAGGACUAAACAGACACUUGGAAUCAACCCGUUUUGUGAACUUUUUUUUUUAUUGCUACAUCUAACAUGAGUUAAUCUGUAAAUAAAUCUGCAGAACUCAGUCCUUGUCAGAAUGUAUAUACACAUCUUACACCACACAUAAUAAAGUCUGUAUUUUUUGGGCUUGG